AUGGAUGAUGUUAUUGACGAAGAACAAGUAUUGGAGAACGCUCAGAAUUACAGCCAUGGCACCGAGGUUUUUAAGACAACACCACCGCCAAGCGUCGCGGCGUGGGUAAACUUACAGGUCCAUUGACAACGAAAGAGAUAACAAGGGAGAAAAACCAUUGGAUCGAGAGAGUGCAAAGAAACAUUUGAACUAACGAAAGAAGAGACAGGAAUUCUCAAGUGCAUGCAAAAGCAGGAUACAAGGCUACCAACCAACCUACGUAUACAUUGAAGGAGAUUUGUUCGCGGAGAAGCUGAUCCUACACAUGCACGACCAAGUUUUGCAUUUAGGAACUGCGAACACUACGGCUGCUACAAGAUACGAAUGGUGGAUACCAAAACUAAAGUCCAAAGUAAAGAAGAUUAUCAACACAUGUAACACGUGCGAGGUAUACAGAGCCAAACCAUACGGACUUACACGAAUACUGCCGCGAUGCCCACCUUUCGUACUGACGAAGGAAGACCCUUCCAGACAAUAGGAGUUGAUUUUGCGGGGCCCUUGAGCUACAAGGUGUCCAGAAAGGAACUGAGUAAAUGUUACAUACUAAUAAUUACCUGUGCCAGCACACGGGCGGUACACUUGGAAAUGAUGAAGUUCCAGACAGCUGAUGAAUUCCAGCGAAGGUUAAAUACAUUCAUCACGAGAAGAACAAGACCAGAGUUGAUCAUUUCCGACAACGCCAUAGUGUUUAAUUAAAGCUACAGCAAGUUGGAUUAAAGAGGUAAGAAAGAGCGAGAUCCUACAAGACGACCUUGCCAAGAAAGACAUAAGAUGGCGGUUUAACCUUUCCAAAUCCCCUCGGUGGGGAAAAUGUAUGAGACUGCUCAAGGACGUAAAGAAAACUGUUUACAAGACGCUGGGCAGAACAAUCAAAUUUCUAAAAAUCCGCCAUUAUCAAGCAUAUUUGAACAAAAUGACCGAUUUUUUGACAUUUGUAUCGCUAUAUCUUCGCGAAAAAUGGUCGUAUUAAGAAACAGACUUCAGUUUUAAGAUUCUCUCAAGGUCGUCUACCGAAUAAGUGCAUAAAAUUACCAAUAGCUAACUGUUAUUUUUUUAGCGCCAACUUUGUGAUGUCACUUUCCCGCCAAAAAUGUAGCAAUUCGAAAAACAAAAACAUACGAUUUGUAAGAAUGAUAUGUUCUAUGUUCACGGGAAAUUUAGUAGAAACAGGAUGAAAAUUAAAGAAAUUGAAGCAUAUUGGCGCUUUUGCAUGCAUUUUUGAGAGGCGUGAGCUAGUGUUAACACCGAAUAUCAUGAUAUGGGGACAAAAUUGCGAUAUUCUAGAGAACGAUGAUUCACAAUCGAGGCAAAGAUAAGGUCGUGAGAAGCGCAGCGAAGUCACACAAGGGACACCAAAUCGAAAGACUACUUCAGCUAGUAUGUUCAUUAGAACUGAAAGACCCCAUUGAAUAUGCAGAGAAAGAAUCCGCGAAGACCAAUCCUGAUGAUGGGAAGACAAGAAACCGACGAAGUGCAGCUGAGGACGCAAAAAAGAAAAUCAAACAGCUUGCUGAGCACGAGGAUAUUUAA